AUGGUUUCCCAGGUUAAGGGCUUCUACGCCGCCUCCGUCUCGGAGAAGAAGGCCCCCACCGGCGCUGACCUCUACGCCCGUUUCGCCCUUGCCGGUGCCCUCGGCUGUGCCAUUACCCACGGUGCCCUUACCCCCGUCGAUGUCGUCAAGACCCGUAUCCAGCUUGAGCCCGAGGUCUACAACAAGGGUAUGAUCAACGCCUUCCGCCAGAUCGUCAAGAACGAGGGUGCCGGUGCCCUCCUCACCGGUCUCGGCCCCACCGUCGCCGGUUACGCCGUCCAGGGUGCCCUCAAGUUCGGUGGAUACGAGUUCUGGAAGAAGCAGGCCAUCGACUACCUCGGUGUCAAGAAGGCCUCUGAGCACCGCCAGGCCGUCUACCUCGGUGCCUCUGGUAUCGCCGAGUUCUUCGCCGACAUUGCCCUCUGCCCCCUCGAGGCCACCCGUAUCCGUCUCGUCUCGCAGCCCUCGUUCGCCAACGGCCUCGCCUCUGGCUUCCUCCGCAUCGCCCGUGAGGAGGGUAUUGGCGGCUUCUACGCCGGUUUCGGCCCCAUCCUGUUCAAGCAGGUCCCCUACACCAUGGCCAAGUUCGCCGUCUUCGAGGUUGCCUCCGAGAAGAUCCUCCAGGGCCUCGGCCGCACCAAGGCCUCGCUUACCCAGGGUGAGCAGACCGGCCUCAACCUCGGCGCCGGUCUCAUCGCCGGUAUGGCCGCUGCCGUCAUCUCGCAGCCCGCCGACACCCUCCUCUCCAAGAUCAACAAGACCAAGGGUGCCCCCGGCCAGUCCACCACCUCGCGUCUCAUCGAGAUGUCCAAGCAGCUCGGUGUCAAGGGUCUCUUCACCGGCAUGGGCGCCCGUCUCGUUAUGAUUGGUACGCUCACUGCGGGCCAGUUCCUCAUUUAUGGAGACAUUAAGCGUAUGCUCAACGCUACCGGCGGUGUCGAGAUCGCCGCUGUCCCCAAGUAA